UUCUCUUCUGCUAGAGCUCUGUCUCUGACGCAUAUAUACAUAUAUACAACUGUCCUUCACUCGCGCGUGUGUUGAUUGAUGUGUGUGACUGCCAUAUAUCACAUAUAUCGGUUAAAGUUCGCGAGUCACACACAUUGUUAAUGCUAUAUAGACUCCUCUGUCGCGCUCCGUUUUCUCAACAUUGUUGUUGUUUUUAAAUUUCGCUGUAAGCUCGUCUCGUGAGCUGGUUGCAGCUGCGCACACAUACCAGGUGUGUGUUGAGUCUCUACUCGUAGAGAUCUGAAGAUCUCUCUCUCUCUCUCUCUCUCUCUGUCUGUCUACCUCGUGCUCGAGGAAGUAUAACUGGCCGACUCCUGGGUACAAUAUAUAUAUAAUUCGCUCUCGCACACGCAACGAGCUGCGCUGGAAGAACAGUGAGAGAGAGAGAGAUAACAGCAGGAGUGAUAACGCCUCACAGUAUAUACAUUUUACUCACGUUGGUGUUGCCUUGUAUAUACACAACAGUAUAUAGAGUGGCAGAUACAGGCGAGACGGAAGAAGAAGCUGCAAGCGACAACCCCUUUCUCCCUUCCUCUCUCAAGACAGACGUCAGCGAGGAGACGCGACGGCGUCGGUGGCGAACUCCCCCGGCCACUGGGGAGGACGCAACCCGAGUCCCCAUCUGACUGGGAGGAGAGUCAGUCUCGAGGACAAAGUGGCGACACGCUAAAUCCUAGACAUGGGCAAACAGAACAGCAAACUCAAACCCGAGGUGCUCGAGGACCUCAAACAGAACACUGAGUUUACAGAUGCAGAAAUUCAAGAAUGGUACAAAGGAUUUUUAAAGGACUGUCCGAGUGGGCAUCUGAGUGUCGAAGAAUUCAAGAAAAUAUACGGGAAUUUUUUCCCAUAUGGUGACGCGUCAAAGUUUGCAGAGCACGUCUUUAGAACGUUCGACGCGAACGGGGACGGAACGAUCGACUUCCGGGAAUUCCUGUGUGCCCUGAGCGUCACCUCGCGCGGAAAGCUCGAGCAGAAGCUCAAGUGGGCCUUCAGUAUGUACGACCUUGACGGAAACGGCUACAUCUCGCGACAGGAGAUGCUGGAAAUCGUCACGGCAAUAUACAAAAUGGUCGGUUCGGUGAUGAAGAUGCCCGAGGACGAGUCGACGCCGGAGAAGCGCACGGACAAGAUAUUCCGGCAGAUGGACAAAAACAAGGACGGCAAGUUGUCCCUCGAGGAGUUCAUCGAGGGUGCCAAGAGCGACCCGUCCAUUGUGCGGCUGUUGCAGUGCGACCCAAGCGCACAGGCUCAGUGAGACCCUGGUGGGAGUGCCUAGCUAUCGUGAUCCGUUUGAAUUGACGACAAACAACAACAAACAACAACAAACAACAACAAACAACAUCAAUCAUCUCAACAAUAAUACAAAAAAACAGUUAAGGAGCUUAUCGCACACGAAAACUUGUACCCAGACACCCGCAUAUUAUGAACAAUACAACAAAAAUAAUCAGAGCAGACGGAUCGAGAGCGUAAAGCGAGGAGGAUGAUGAUGCGCAAUGACAAAGAUUCUCCGGCACUGUAUAUUCCCGCCGCGGCCGCUCGACCACUACCAUGUCGUCGGCCGACCCUCUCUUUUACUGAGUAUAUGUAUAUAUACAAACGAGGGUAUAAUAUCACGGAGCCGCCCACGAAGAGAUGGCAUGCUGUAUGAAAAAUGCACGUUAUUUUUUUUUUCUUUUUGCCCUCCCCCUCCCUCUUUUGCACAUAUAAAUAUGCUUUGAGUCACCGCUCGCGUUGGGAUUUGAGUUUACUUUUGCAGGCGUCUUUCGUCCAGCUGAUUGGCGUAUUGAUUUUACGCACGUGCGGUGAUUUUUGGGUCUUUUCUCGGGGCAAAAGUUGUUUCCAAGGGCAUGUGUAAUUUGAAUAGUUUACAAUAUUUGACGAUACAAUUACAUAUUUGGCACAAGUGACGAGAAUGUGCUUGUUCGAGUCGUUAUGAUUGUAGUACAAAAAUCAAAAACUUGACGGGAUUAUCAGGCGAUUCAUGCGAUAAAACGCUUUGUAUGAAUAUAGACUAUAAAAACAAUGAAGCACCGAAAACGCGUAAAAUGUAAAUAUUUCUCGUUUUGUACACAUAGCGCGAGAUUUUUUGUUGUUGCUUUUGUCUUGUUUUUGUGUUAAAAAGCCGCAAACGGUGUUCCAAGUAAAUACGGAUUCUAAAUAAACACAAAAGCUCGAUCAGCUCAUUACAAAUAUGCAAAUAAAGGAGCAACAUACAACGAAGGAACAAAUUUUUUUUUUUUUUUUUUUCAUACAUGUAUGUAUAAAACGAAGAAAUAAUUGUAGAAUGAAAGCAGACAUUCGACCAUCAGUGAUUUGCAUGAUACACUGUAAUAAUUUUUAAAGUCUUAUACUUUUGUUGGUUUUGUUAAAUCAUAAAUAAUUACAGUUAACAUUUACCACGAAUCUUAUUUGAUAACUUUAUGCAUCUUCAAAAUGAAUUUUAGUAGAAGUGUUCGUUUUAUUGUUUGUUGUAAUGAAGGAAAUUCAAAUACUUUUUUCAUAUACUUCAACAACUGUAUGAAGUUAGUUUUUGACUCCAAUGUAUUGUGUGAGUACAAAUAUUCAUUCAUUGCGCAAAAGUUCUGAACCUAUUUGUUUGGAGUUGAAAAACAGUUAAUUAUUUAUAGUUUAUUAUAUUACUUUAUAAACGCUACAAAUUUCAAUUUUUUUUUUUUU